GGCGAAAGCUGAUCCAAAAAUUUCGAACAGCUGCGAAACAACUGUUAACAGCGUCUACUUGUCAAUGUAAAAAUUAAUGUUCGGAGAGAUUGUAACAUUGUUUUGUAUACAAACGCAUGUAGUACAAGUGCGUAAGUAAAUUUUAAAACAGAAGAGAGCAGAGUGAGAUUGUUGAACAAUGUUUAGCACCAAGUCGUUCGACGUCGUAAGCUUCAAUUCGGAAUUGUCUACUGUGAAGUCGGAGGCGUCCGCAAACGUUCAAACGACAGACAUAGUUCACACCUCCAAUGAUACACAAACUGCAGAAACAAGGACCGUUGGGAUUCAAACUUCGAAUGAACAAAAAACCAACGUGGACGUGAAUUACGACAAACUCGCAGAGUUUCUGAAAAGAGUCACACCGGGUAUUCUCGAGGCCCUCGAUGAAGCUUACGGUAUCAACGCUUUCGACGAUUAUGAUCCGGACGUUACGGAUGGUUCCUCCGCAAAUGUUAAGUUGUUACAAAAAAUCAAUGCGUCGGGACAAUCUAACACUCAGAUUAAAGUGAGCGAUCUAUCGUGGAGCAAUGUCGGCGGAACGUUAGCAGUCGGUCUUGGCCACACUUAUCACGAGGCGUGGUGCGAUCAUCUGUCCGCGAUUCACUUGUACAAUCUCACAACGGAGGACAAUCUCACGGACACACCCAUCAAAACGUUAGAAACGAACGGAUGCGUCACAACGUUAUGUUAUCAUCCGACGGAACCUUCUAUUCUUGCAAUCGGGUCGUCUAAUUGGGAUGUGUCGGUGUGGAAUCUCAGAAACGACGACUCUAUCACGCCCACGCACGUGUGCACGCACAACGAUUGCGUGUCCCAAGUGUGGUGGAGACCGAGAUCGGUGAACGACGUGACGUUGUUGGUGAGCUCCAGCAAGGACGGAUACGUACUGAUUCACAAAUUGUCGGCUAACUUCACAACCGUCCAGCUGCACAAACGAUUCAAGAUAGUGAAGGAACGUAAUCCGGUGGAAAGCGUCAGGCCGCGUAGCGCCGGAGGUACGCGCGAGCGUGCCGCGGAAGCGGGAUUGUGCAUCACGAGUUUUGAUUUUUCUCCGAAGCAUCCGAGUAUAUUCGUCGUCGGGACAUUGUGCGGCGGGAUCUACAAGUGCAGCUUGGACAGCGUGACUCCCAUCGAAGGAGACGCAACGCUCGUGGAUCCUGUGAUCGACGAAUACGAAAGACACGGAGGUAGCGUCACUUGCAUCAAGUGCUCGCCGUUACGUAAUUUAUUUGUCAGCGGCGCCACGGAUAAGGAAAUUCGUAUAUACAAUCUCGAUGAGCACAUCAGUCAGCAAACCGUUUCUGUAGACAAUACAGUCGUGGGAUUAACAUGGAUGAUUGGCAAUCAGGAUGUGUUCGCAGCGUACGGUGCGGACGCGUUUAUAAAAUUCUACAACGUCACAGAUAGCAAAGCCGUGACGUGCGCGAAUUUCAACGUGACUGGCAAGGAUAGCAUCGGUUGCUUACGCAUCAAUUCCAAGAGAGAUAUACUUGCUGUCGGAGAUGUUCGUGGGAAUAUUGAAAUAUGGAAAUUUCCACGUAACUUGUUUUAAACAAACUUAUCUCUGACUGACGCACAUUUUUUGCGAUAUAUCUGCUGAAUUUGUACCGAAACACUAUUACACUUCGUGCUGCACAUACAAAUUUGUUUUUUUUUGUACUGAAAAUAAAAAAGUAUGUUCGUGAAA